UUUAUGAGACUGAGUAGGUUUUUCUGCUUUAUAACAGUCCCUGAUGUAUAAUUAUGUGAGCCGGCAUGUGUCAGCUUUUUUAGUUCAACCACCAAUGAGAACUCUUGUUGUAUUAGCUAGAAAUAUGGCAACUGGAGACAACGAAGAAAAACUUUUUAAGAAUCGCCUGUCAAAGGAAAGGUCACCGUACCUAUUGCAACAUGCAAGUAAUCCAGUAGACUGGUAUCCUUGGGGGGAUGAAGCAUUUGAUAAAGCCAGGAGAGAAGACAAGGUCAUCUUCCUGUCAGUUGGUUACUCCACAUGCCAUUGGUGCCAUGUGAUGGAGAGAGAAUCAUUUGAAGAUGAAGAGAUUGGCAAGAUUUUAAACGAGCAUUUUGUGAGCAUCAAAGUUGAUCGAGAAGAGAGGCCAGAUGUUGACAGGGUGUAUAUGACCUUCAUACAGGCAACAAGUGGUGGAGGUGGUUGGCCAAUGAGUGUUUGGCUCACCCCUGACCUCAAACCACUUACUGGUGGUACAUACUUUGCACCAACUGAUCGUUUCGGACGGCCUGGCUUCGCAACAAUCCUGAAAAACAUUGCCAGCCAAUGGACACACAAGAAGGAAGACAUGAAGAAGCGUGGUUCAGCCAUUUUGGAUGCCCUUGUAAAGAACACAGUUGUGAAGCAGACAGAAACACAGCCUGUGAUUGGUCAGGAGGCUAUUGACACUUGCUAUCACCAGCUGAAGAAGGGUUAUGACCCUCAAUAUGGAGGAUUUGGUGAUGCACCAAAAUUCCCUCAGCCAGUUAAUUUCAACUUCAUGUUUCGUUACUAUGAUUUCAAACAAAUGAAUGUUGGAAAGUCAGGAAUUGCAGAGCCAAAAAAUCAGAAAGAGGAUCCUUUAAAAGAUGCUUCAGCUUGUCAUGGUGAAACUAGUGAGGGCAGUAGUCAAGAAAUCCUGAACAUGUGCCUACACUCAUUGAAGAUGAUGGCAAAGGGUGGUAUGAAUGAUCACAUUGGAUUGGGCUUCCAUCGGUAUUCCACUGACCGCUAUUGGCACGUGCCCCAUUUUGAAAAGAUGCUCUACGAUCAGGCCCAGCUGGCCAUUUCGUACCUAGAUGCAUAUCAGUUGUCUAAGGACGAGGGGCUAGCAGAUGUGGCCCGCGAUAUCCUAACAUAUGUGGAUAGAGAUCUAAGCGACACGGCUGGUGGUUUCUAUAGUGCUGAAGAUGCUGAUUCACUGCCAACUCAAGACUCACAGGAAAAGAAAGAGGGCGCUUUCUGUGUUUGGAAAGAAAAAGACCUAGGCAUAUUGCUUAGCGAGUCUCUACCUUCAAAGCCAUCACUUACCCUUGCUAAGGUUUUCAACCAUCAUUAUGGGGUACAUGAAUAUGGGAAUGUUAGUUUUGAUCAAGAUCCACAUGGAGAGUUGAAAGGUCAGAAUGUUUUAAUUGUCCGUGGAAGUGUUGCCAAGACAGCUGAGCACUUCAGCCUUGAUGAAGAAACUGUUGCUUGUGCCUUGCGCAAAUCUAAAGACAUCCUCUUCCAGAAAAGACUACAGCGACCCAAACCGCAUCUUGAUGAUAAAAUGAUCACAGCAUGGAAUGGCUUGAUGCUGUCAGCGUAUGCACGAGCCGGGCAAGUGCUUUGUGAUGAUUGGUUCACCGGCAGAGCCGUGAAAGCCGCAGAGUUCAUCAAACAAGAACUUUAUGACAUUAAUGAUAAAAAGUUAUAUAGGACAGCCUACAGGCAGGAUGAGAAAGCAGUCUCUUCAGAAAGGCCAAAGAUGAUUUCAGGUUUUGUUGAUGACUAUGCCUUCCUGAUUCGAGGUUUGUUAGAUCUGUAUGAGGCGAGCUAUGAUGAGCAGUGGAUCGAGUGGGCCGAAGCACUGCAAACAACUCAGAAUAAGCUGUUCUGGGAUGUCGACGGUGGCGGUGGCUACUUCUCUGUCGGAGCACAAGAUCCAAAUAUUCUACUCCGUCUAAAAGAAGAUCAAGAUGGGGCAGAACCUAGUCCAAACUCAGUGUCGGCACUUAAUCUGCUCCGACUUGCAGAUUACUUAGACCAUGAGUCAUACCGUGACCAGGCUAGGACGCUGUUAAACAUUUUUCAUGAGCGUCUUCAGAAGAUACCCAUUGCUCUGCCUGAGAUGACAUGCGCUUUGAUUAACUUGCAGAGUCCAGCAAAACAGAUAUUUAUCUGUGGUGGAACUGAUGAAGCUGAUACGAAAGAGUUGCUAGAAAUUGUCCAUUCCCACUUCAUACCGAACAAGAUAAUUGUGGUUACCGAUGGCAACAAUUGUGAAUACCUCAGCAAAAAAUUGAAAGUACUUUCAACUCUCGAGAGAAAACAGGGUAAAGCCACAGCUUAUGUCUGCGAAAACUACACGUGUACCUUACCGGUAAAUUCACCGACUGAGCUAGAACGUAUGCUUACAGGGACGAAAUAAUCUGAAAUUGAAUGAUUGUGUUUUGUCAAUUGAAACAAGUGAUUUUGUAAUUCUUGCAUUUUUCUGCCUGAUCAUAACUUCAUUCUAAAAUAUUGGAGCAUUGAAUAUUACUAUACUUAUUAUACUAGUAAAUAUUAUCAUAAUUAUUUUAUUUUAACUACCUCUAGUUGUGUUCAUGAGCUUACUGAAAUUGAAUUCAAAAUAAUGGUCCUUGCAAUUAGAGACAAAUAAUGGAGAUGCAUAUACACAUGUAUAUAUAUAUAUAUAUAUAUAUGUGUGUAUACAUUUUUCUACCAUGGUUCGUACAUGGUUGAGCACCUGUGAGUCAUGCAUCGGCGGGCUUUACGCCUUAAAUUGCCGAUAAACAGUGCGGUGUUGGUUUGGUUCGUUUAGGCGUUUUCUUUUCUUUUUUCUUUGUUAGUCUAGGUUCAUGGUUUUUUUAUUCUCUUGUCCGUUUCCUUCCGUUGUUGUGAAGCGCCUCGAGGUUGGUCCAAAGGGAGGCGCUAUACAAAUCGCAAAUUAUUAUUAUUAUUAUGUACAGUAUCAUUAAUUUGUUCUUGUGUGAAACAGGUAUAAAACUCACUGAAAUUUAUUUUGUGACAUCCAAAAACAACUCUACUCACCAAUAGUGAUGUAUCUGGUGUAUGGGUUGGGGUGAGGGGGAGGGGGCCUGAUGGGGAGGCUCGAGGGUUAAUGGGGGCCUCAAUGAUUAAGUGAUGGGCGCUAGCUCGCAAAAUAUGGAAAUAUGAGGUUAUUUUUAAUUACUGUACUUGAGCAUGUUGCUUCAAACAUUUUA